CACUCAGUGACUUGUUCAAUAGUUGUUAAGGUGUUCUUGUUUUCUAUUCUUAAAUAACUUUUUUCUUUUUUUUUUCUUUCCUUAGUGUCACACGUUUUCUUUUCUGAUUCGUAAUUCAAAAGGAAUUCUUUAAGAACAUUCAUCAUGAAUCAUCUUACUAGUGCAGUGAAACAAUUGUUAACACCUUUGAGUCCAAUAAAGAUCUCAUUUUUUUAUAAGAUACCCGGAGAACUCUUAGCUUGUCUUGUAGUCCUUUUCGUUUUUAGUUUUAUGCUACGUGGUCGUCAUCAAAAUAAACAAAUUUCCUUAAACUAUGCUAAUGCAUUGCAUACAAUUGCUGCUUGCUCUUUUAAACAAGCUGCAUUUCCGACAAGUCUUUUAAAAUCCUACGGUUGGAGUCACUAUGAAUAUUUUGCUACAUGUCAUCCCUUUUGCACAUAUUUACUUGUUCGAUUUGAGUUAUUAGCUCGACAAUGCUGCUGGCAAACACUCCUAUCAACGAUUCGGCAUAAAACGGAUCUGCUUCAUAUUGAAAUGAGGCUACCAAUGAGUCCAAAAUUCACUUUACUUAUCGGUCAACGUCUUCAACUCAAAUCAUUACUGGAAACUUUUCCAACCAUUGUUGAAACACUCAAUGUUCAAAAAGUUAAUGAUAUUCCUCCAGGCUAUUCUGUGUUAUCCGAUGCUAAAUUAAUCCCUGAACUCAUUUUCUCUGCAUGCCCUAGUUUUUGUCAGCUUCUCCAAUGUAUUCCUUGUGAUGACUUGAAUUAUUGCAUUGUAUCGGAUCUCAUUGAAUCCCCGCGUUACCCUGAAAUUAAACACGGUGUGCUACUUCAACUCUGUUGUGCUAUGCCUUCCACCACCUUGUUCCCAAUGUACAUUGAAACAUUAUUAUCUCUUAGUAAGACUGUGUGUGGUCUGGAUUUACCUGAGAAGACAAAAGCGUCUCUUAAAAAAUUACGCCGCGACACUGAAAAAUUUCGAGGUGAUUCUUUGGAUUAUGAAGCUGCUAAGGUCACCCCUAACAAUACAAACAAAUCGGACACUUGUCAAACUCCAGUACUAAAGACAAAAAAACAAAAUAAAUUGAAAGACCGUCGCGAAGCAAAAAAGUCGUCCAUUCGAGUGAAGUUAAUUAAAGUUUGAUCAUGACAUGAUCCGAAUGUAUCAUAACAAGAAGAGGAAGAUUCUUGCUUAUCAGAGCCAUGUCACUUUUGGCUGUAAAUCAGUUUUCGUUACUUGAAUUAUGUACCUAGAAAGAAUCGAGACU